CUCAAUUCUCAUUCUCAUUCAUACUCCAGAGUUGAUUCAGUUGUCUGCGCAAUUGACAGACUGACAACUGACAAAAGACGCAAUGCUCCCCACACCCUGCACCUCGCACGUCUCCUUCGACACCAUCUACGAGCCCUCCGAGGAUUCUUACCUCUUUCUCGAUACGCUCGCCUCCGCGUCCGAGUCCGCCUGGCUGCGCGCGCGAUUCAGUCGCCCUGACGAUACAUCUGCAAACCCCUCUUCCUCCACAACUACAACUACAACUACAGCAACAGCAACAGCAUCAGCAUCAGCAUCACCCGCCCCCCUCAUCGUUGAAGCAGGCACCGGCUCCGGCGUCGUCCUGGCCUUCAUCGCCGCCAACAGCAGACACAUACUCGGACGCACCGACGUGCUAGCGCUUGGAACAGACGUGAACCGCAAUGCGUGCGUCGCGACCCGCACGACGGUGCUGAAGGCGAUUGAUGAGCAGCAACCCACACCCACCAACACCACCACCACCACCCCCAAAUCAAUCCUAACCACCACCCUCCUAACAGACCUCACCACCCCCCUCCGCCCCAGCAGCAUCGACAUCCUCCUCUUCAACCCGCCCUACGUCCCCACCCCGGACCUCCCCUCCAUCCCCACCUCCACCUCCGACCCAGACAACUCCAGCCUGUCGCGCAGCGAGAAGUUCGAGCACGAGUCAUACCUCCUCUCGCUGACGUACGCGGGCGGGAAGGAUGGGAUGGAGACGACGGAGCGCCUCCUGGAUGCCAUUCCGGGGGUGUUGAGUGAGAGGGGCGUUGCUUAUGUGUUGCUUUGUGCGCAGAAUAGGCCGAGGGAGGUGGUGGAGCGGAUCAGGGGGUGGGAGAUACACCGGGGUGGAUGGGGCAUGGAUGGAUAG